CGCAAUGUCAGGAGAGUGUUCACAUUUUAUUUGGACGGCCAAAGUUAGGUCCCUAUCCUACUAACACGUUUUCAUUCCUGGCAGAAAUAAGCACCGUUAUAAUCCACGGGCAUUUCGAGGGCAGUUCCAGGGAGCGCCGCCAGAGGAUGUCUGCUGUUAAAAUGACCGAGGGAAGUGUGCAUGUGGAGUACUGCACGAGCCCCUUGUUUUAUAGACAGAGCGAGCCCGCCAGCGGGGAGGCCAGGCUGUGCGUCCUUCUCCUGCAUGGCAUUCGCUUCACGUCAGAGAACUGGCUCAACAUCGGUACUCUGGAGACGCUCGCCAAAGCAGGCUGCCGAGCUGUAGCUAUCGACCUACCGGGCUUCGGUCAGUCCAAGUCAGCCACGGGCCCUGCAGCCGUGGGGGAGUUGGCCCCUGGCGGGUUCCUGAAGCAGGUGUGUGAGAAGCUGGGGCUGCACUCGGUGGUGGUGAUAAGCCCCUCCCUCAGCGGAAUGUACUCCCUGCCCUUCGUCAUGGGACACCAGCCCGCCAUCCGAGCCUACAUCCCCGUGGCUCCCAUAUGCACCGACAAGUUCAGCGCAGAGCAGUACCGCGCUGUACAGAUUCCAACUUUGAUCGUUUACGGCGACAAAGACGAACAGCUUGGAGAACUGUCUCUCGGCAACCUCAGCAAACUGGCCAAUCACAAAGUGGUGGUGAUGAAAGGGGCGGGGCAUCCGUGCUAUCUGGAUGACCCAGACACUUGGCACAAGGCAGUGGUAGAGUUCCUCCAUACCCUGUGAAGGUGGGUCCAGUGUUGACUUCACACCAUGCCAUCACUUAAACACCAGAAUAGGUCUUGAUUACUAGAAGUGCACUUUACUCAUUGUUUUCACAGCAAAAUCGUGUAUGUAAUAUCGAAAUCUGUGCAGUGCUCAAUGUUUGCUUUAAGUGAAGGAUUUUAACAAACGUUAACUGUAGUCAAGGCCAUAAUCGAGAGGCCAUAAAAUCCAUGCUAUGGUCUUCUGUCGUCUUGAACUCCUGGUUAAACAUUUGUGCAAGUUCUUUAUUUCCUUCGACUUGAGUAAAUUGUGAUUUCCUGAAGGCAGUAUUUCAAUUCAAUAGAUUGCUUGGGUUGGACGAUUCUCUUAUUUAAUGAUAAUUGUUAAGGAUUCUCUAAUGAUGCAUCCCAGUGAUUUAGAUACAAAUAAACGGUCAAAAUUGCAAAGAAUUUCACAAAUGACAACCAGAUUGUACCACACUUACUUUGUGGACCAUACUUGUACUUUUACACAAUAGAAAAGACCACACAGCCAAAUGAAGUGAAAAAUAUGAACAUUAUUUAAUAACUGAUUCUCUGUAAUAAACAAUUUGAAAAUAUUUUACAAGGAGUCACAGACACAAUAUUUUUACAAAUUU